AUGUCCCAGCCUCAAGAACCUGACCGACACACCUUCUACGACGGCAAGCCCCAGCCGUCUUCGUCCACGUCCUCCUUCGCCUCCAUCUACCCCGGCACGAACAAGCCCAUCGCCCGCAUCCACACGUCGUCUCCCGCUGCCAUCGACGCUGCUGUCGCCAGCGCCCAGGCUGCUUUCCCGGGCUGGUCAGCCACCCCUCCGAUCGAACGCUCCCGCAUCCUUCUCCGCGCCGUCGCCCUUUUGCGCAGCCGCAACGAUGCCCUCGCCCGCGUCGAGACCCUGGACUCGGGCAAGCCCUACAGCGAGACGUCCACGGUCGACGUCGUCACGGGCGCCGAUGUGCUCGAGUACUACGCGGGCCUGAUUGCGUCCGGCGGCCUCAACGGCGAGCACUUUGCGCUGCGGCCAGGGGCCGGCGGUGCCGUUGUGCAGACCUCCAAAGAGCCGCUGGGCGUGUGUGUGGCCAUUGGCGCGUGGAACUACCCGCUGCAGAUUGCCCUCUGGAAGUCGGCGCCGUGCCUGGCCGCCGGCAACACGCUCGUCUACAAGCCGAGCGAGUUCACGCCGCUGCACGCGCAGUCGCUCGCCGGCAUCUACAAGGAGGCCGGCGUGCCGGACGGCGUGUUCAACGUCGUCUACGGCGCCGGCGAGGUGGGCGCGGCCCUGGCCGCCCACCCGGCCAUUGCCAAGGUCAGCUUCACGGGGCAGGUGAGCACCGGCCGGCGGGUUGCGGGCGCGGCGGCCGGCCACCUCAAGUACGUCACGAUGGAGCUGGGCGGCAAGAGCCCGCUGGUCGUGCUGCCGGACGCCGACAUGGGCCAGGCCGCCGACGGCGCCAUGAUGGCCAACUUUUACAGCUCGGGCCAGGUGUGCACCAACGGCACGCGCGUGUUCGUGCCGGCGGCGCGCAAGGCCGAAUUCGAGACGGCCCUGCUGCAGCGGAUGCAGCACGUGCGCGCGGGCGACCCGUUCGACCCGGCCACCAACUUUGGCCCGCUCAGCAGCCAGACGCACCGCGACAAGGUCCUGGCGUACAUCCGCCACGGCAUCGAGACGGACAAGGCCACGCUGCUGCACGGCGGCCUGGGCCGCCCGGACACGAUCCCCCGGGUCCCCCGCGACCUGCAGGACGGGUUCUGGGUGCAGCCGACCGUGUUCACCGACUGCACCGACGACAUGAAGAUUGUGCGGGAGGAGAUUUUUGGCCCCGUGCUGUGCAUCCUGCCCUACGACACCGUCGACGAGGCCGUGCAGCGGGCCAACGCCACCGAGCUGGGCCUGGCCGCCGGCGUCUUUGGCCGCGACCUCAACCAGUGCCAGCAGGUCGUCGGCGCCCUGCAAGCCGGCAUCACCUGGGUCAACACGUGGGGCGAGUCGCCGGCCGAGAUGGCCGUGGGUGGCUGGAAGCAGAGCGGCCUGGGUGUCGAGAACGGCCGCCGCGGCCUGGAGGCCUGGCUGCGCAACAAGAGCACCCUCAUUGAGAUGAGUGGCAGUGUGGCGACGGUGUUCUCAAAGUUGUGA